AAAUUUAAUUAAAGUCUCGAUCCUCUUGGAUAUAAUAAUUGGCAAAGACUCAGCUAGAACAAGAAACAUUUGGGCAAAAAGAAAAGGAAAGGAAAACUGAAGAAGGCGAGAAGGGAUCGAGAAGUCAAAUGGAUCUCGCUUUUUUUUAGGUUCUUGAGCAACAGACCCAACAUUUGAUGUGCUCUAGACCGCAUGGACCAGUACGAGAAAGUUGAAAAGAUUGGUGAAGGGACUUAUGGCGUUGUUUAUAAGGCUCGUGAUCGCAUCACCAAUGAAACAAUUGCUUUGAAAAAGAUUCGCUUGGAGCAGGAAGAUGAGGGUGUACCUAGCACUGCUAUUAGAGAAAUUUCUCUCUUGAAGGAAAUGCAGCAUGGAAAUAUCGUUAGGUUGCAGGAUGUAGUGCACAGUGAGAAGCGUUUAUAUUUGGUUUUUGAAUAUUUGGACUUGGAUUUGAAAAAGCACAUGGAUUCAUGUCCAGAAUUCGGGAAAGAUCCAAGAAUAAUAAAAACAUUCCUUUAUCAAAUUCUCCGUGGCAUUGCUUAUUGUCACUCUCAUAGGGUUCUUCACCGAGAUCUAAAACCACAAAAUCUGCUGAUAGAUCCUCGUACUAAUGCACUAAAGCUUGCUGAUUUUGGACUGGCCCGAGCAUUUGGUAUUCCUGUCAGAACAUUCACACAUGAGGUGGUUACCCUGUGGUACAGAGCACCAGAAAUACUUCUUGGGUCCCGCCAUUACUCUACUCCUGUUGAUGUGUGGUCAGUAGGCUGUAUAUUUGCUGAGAUGGUGAAUCAGCGGCCAUUAUUUCCUGGGGAUUCUGAGAUUGAUGAACUAUUCAAGAUCUUCAGAAUCUUGGGUACUCCAAAUGAGGAUACAUGGCCUGGGGUGACAUCAUUGCCUGAUUUUAAGUCUGCUUUCCCAAAGUGGCCUACUAAGAAUUUGGCAACUGUUGUUCCAAAUCUUGAGUCAGCUGGCAUUGACCUCCUUUCUAAAAUGCUGUGCAUGGAUCCAAGCAAAAGAAUUACGGCUAGAAGUGCUCUUGAGCAUGAAUACUUGAAGGAUAUUGGGUUUGUACCUUAAUACCAUUUGCCGUCUUAAAUGAGAGAAGCGUAUAUCAAUCAAUGUCAAUGUGUAGCAUUUUGUGGGUUUUUGACUGUGAGAAAUGGUGUGGUAUUUUUUUUUUUCUUUUCCUAAGAGCAUUAUUUUUCUUGCAGUUCGAGCAUUAUUUUUCUUGCAGUUACCUUGGAAUUAUGUACUCUUUUCCAAUGUCUUGAGUCUGACUGAAUGUUUGUUUGGCUCAUAAGUGAGUGAAUGUCAUCUCAUCUCAUCACUUGGGUUA